GUCGACCUUACGCGGACCUUCACCUUCCGCAACUCCCAGCAGACGUACACAGGAAUUCCCAUUAUAGUGGCAAACAUGGACACUGUGGGGACAUUUGAAAUGGCCGUGGUUAUGGCAAAACAUGCAAUGUUCACUGCAAUUCACAAGCAUUAUUCUCUGGAAGAAUGGAAACUGUUUGCUGCCAAUCACCCAGAAUGCCUUGAGCAUGUAGCAGCAAGCUCAGGUAGUGGAAAAGCUGAUUUGGACAAAUUAACAAGUAUUCUAGAGGCCAUUCCACCUAUCAGAUACAUUUGCCUGGAUGUGGCAAAUGGCUAUUCAGAGCACUUUGUGGAGUUUGUGAAGUCUGUCCGUGCCCUGUUCCCACAUCACACCAUUAUGGCAGGCAAUGUGGUGACAGGAGAGAUGGUAGAAGAACUUAUUCUUUCUGGAGCAGAUAUUAUUAAAGUGGGUAUCGGACCAGGUUCUGUGUGUACCACUCGGAUUAAGACAGGGGUGGGCUAUCCACAGCUAAGUGCUGUUAUUGAGUGUGCUGACUCGGCACAUGGCUUGAAAGGACAUAUCAUCUCUGAUGGAGGAUGCAGCUGCCCAGGAGAUGUCGCCAAAGCGUUUGGAGCCGGUGCUGAUUUUGUCAUGCUUGGAGGAAUGUUUGCAGGCCAUGACCAGUGUGCUGGAGAGAUUAUAGAAAAGAAUGGCAAGAAGGUGAAACUCUUCUAUGGAAUGAGCUCUGAUACAGCCAUGAAGAAGCAUUCAGGAGGGGUUGCUGAAUACAG